AUGGAGGCAGAGGAAUCGGAGAAGGCCGCAACGGAGCACGAGCCGCUGGAAGGGACAGAAUAGACACUAGACGCGGAGGAGGAGCAGGAGGAAUCCGAAAAGGCGGCCUGUGGCGGCAAUAAGCGGGUAGUGCCAGGUAUUGUGUACCUGGGCCAUAUCCCGCCGCGCUUCCGUCCCCUGCACGUCCGUAACCUUCUCGGCGCCUAUGGCGAGGUCGGACGCGUCUUCUUUCAGGCUGAGGACCAGUUUGUGAGACGCAAGAAGAAAGCAGCAGCAGCUGCGGGAGGAAAAAAGCGGUCCUACAGCAAGGACUACAGCGAGGGAUGGGUGGAGUUCCGUGACAAGCGCAUAGCCAAGCGCGUGGCGGCCAGUCUACACAACACGCCUAUGGGUGCCCGCAGGCGCAGCCCCUUCCGUUAUGAUCUUUGGAACCUCAAGUACUUGCACCGUUUCACCUGGUCCCACCUCAGCGAGCACCUUGCCUUUGAGCGCCAGGUGCGCAGGCAGCGCCUGAGAGCGGAGAUUGCUCAGGCCAAGCGUGAGACCGACUUCUAUCUUCAAAGUGUGGAACGGGGACAACGCUUUCUUGCGGCCGAUGGGGACCCUGCUCGCCCAGAUGGCUCCUGGACAUUUGCUCAACGUCCUACUGAGCAGGAACUGAGGGCCUGGAAAGCAGCACGGCCAGGGGGCCGUGAACGGGCUCGCCUGGCGACUGCCCAGGACAAGGCUCGCUCCAACAAAGGGCUCCUGGCCAGGAUCUUUGGAGCCCCGCCACCCUCAGAGAGCAUGGAGGGACCUUCCCUUGUCAGGGACUCCUGAGGGCCAGGGUGGCCCCUUCCAGCUCCUGGCCCUGCUCUGCUUCCUGUCUACCUCAUACUAGAAUGAUCUUGACUAUCCAGGCAAACA